AUGCCUCCACCACCCCCACCGCCACCUCCGCCGCCGCCACCAGCAAUGGCGGCUGCACCACCGCCAUCUAAUGGUGCUAGAAAUGCUCUUCUUGGUGACAUUCAGAAAGGAUUAAAACUGAAAAAGGCAGUAACCAAUGAUCGCUCUGCGCCAGCAGUAGGGAAAGUGGUUGGAAGCGGUGCAUCAUCUGUGUCGUCGAAUGGAAACAGUGGGAAUGGAAAUGGAGCAGCGGCAAAACCACCAUCAAUGUCAGGCGGUAUGGGUGGACUUUUUGCGAAUGGGUUACCAUCAAAACCGAGCGAAAAUAAAAUCAGGAGAGCAACUACUAAUAUUGGGCCUCCGCCAUCAGCAAUGACAGCUCCACCAAUACCGCCUCCAGUUCCCGCUCCGGCCCCUGCUGUUGAUGGAAAAAAACCGUCUAUUGUUUCUUCUUCUGUAACUUCUCAGUCAUCCGCACCUGUCCCACCUCCUCCGCCUCCGAUUUCCGUUUUAAGUUCGAAGCCAACACCACCGCCGCCACCACCAGCUCAGCAAAAACCGUCGAGUGACCGUGAACAAUUCCGAACAAUGAGACCCAUGCGACCUUCUAAUGAUGCAAAACCCGCUAUGAUUCGGAGAAGUGGAAGCUCGGAGGACAUUCCACAGACAACGUUAUCAGGUAGUAGGAUGGCUCGACCGUCCGCUCCUCCACCGGCCAGACCAGCUGCUCCACCGCCACCAGUUCCAACUUCUGUACCAUCUAUUGCUCAGAUGUCCAGCAGAUUUCAAUCACAUGCUGUAUCAAGAAUAGCAGAUGAUGCUCCACCACCACCCCCUCGGAUCGCAUCUAAAACUUCUGGGGCAGGAAACCACUCAAGAGCACCACUUCCACCGUCUUCAUCUUCUGCUCCGUCUAUUGCAUCAGCACCUCCACCACCUCCACCACCUCCACAACCAGCAUCACCAUAUCCUGGCAUGAUGUCAACGGCGACUGUUUCUCCAAAUGUACCUUUCCAUCCACUAAACAGGUUUCAUUUUCUUCCACUGUCACAACUACCUCCUCCUCCUAAAUGUGGAUCGGGAAAUAGUCGUUCUUGA